UUGUCCCUGCAGGGCCCUGAGAUAGCUGGUGAUUUGCUUUGUGCUCCCAAGCACGAGCCCCUCUAGAUCUGUCGGGGUCAGCCAGCAAUGCCCUUCACCUCGCGCAGCUGCAAUGCUAGUGUCAGUAUUGCAAUGCCUUAGGCCAGGGGUAUGCAGGUCUCCUCUACAUAUUUGGCAAGUUUUAUAAUAGGUUACAUAAAAAAGCCCUAGUGAAGUCAGGCUUUCUAAAACUUCAUACAGACAAUGACUUGUUUAUACUGCUUUAUAUACGAUACACUGAAAUGACAAAGCUUAUUUUGGUUUAGGACAAACAGUGGAGGAUAGAAACAGCCUGUUAAUUGUCUGGAGUGGCUUCAGUUAAUUCCCUCAUAUUGUAGCCAUCUCAGGACUAACAUGUACCAUACAUUUUAUUCCAUACAACAGAAUGAAGGUGUCAUUUUUGAUUCCUGAAUGUGGAAUUCUUCCAGAAGCACUGAAAAGUGUUAUCACAGACAUUGGAGAGUAUUAUUUGGUGAAGAAUUUAUCCCUUCAUGAAUUGGUUACGCAUGAAUUUAUCAAUACAUUUGUGAAGAAAGGUUCAUGCUAUGCUCUUACAUACAACACAAAAAUUGAUCAAGAUAAUGCUGCUGCUCUACUACCAACUGGAAAACUAAUUAUAUCAGUAGACAAGGACACGUAUGAGGAGCUUGGACUACAAGGUCGUCCAUCUCAGUAUUCUGGUAAAAAAGUCAUGAGAUAUAUUAUUACCAUUGACUUGACUGACUCAGCCUUUGAUCCUGAUAGUAAGAAACAUAAAAGAGUGCUUUGGGCCUUGAAAGAGAAGAAACCUUUAGAAUUUGAUUUCCUGCUGUCCUGGCAUAACAAAGGUGCAGAAGGAUCAACACUGAUGUCAUACUUUUCCAAAAACCAAAUACAAGCCCAUCAGCCAAAAACAACAUUCAGCACAUUAAGAAAUUUGCAGUGUCCAGUGUUCCAUAGUAAUGAACUGCAUGGAAAGCUGGAAGAGUCAUGCAGUGCGCAGGAACUGUUUGAAUGGCUAGGUGCCGUUUGCAACAAAGUUGGUUUAGACAACAAGUCCUUUAGCUUCUUAUCAACCUAUUGCUGUCCUCAGCCCAGCACAAUAGUGGAGCAAGCCUAUUUGUGCACAAUCACUGGCUUUAUACUCCCAGAGAAGAUAAUUCAGUUAUUGGAACAGCUAUGUUGCUAUUUUGAUGAACCGAAAUUGGCUCAGUGGGUGACCUUAACCGUGCAUGGCUUUGCAGACAGCCCUGUUUCCUGGAGAGAAAGUGAACAUGGUUUCCAAAAGGGAGGAGAGAACUUGUACAAUUUUGUUGUUUUUAGGAACCUGGACUAUUGGCUUCAAAUGGCUGUUGGAGCAAAUGAUGAUUGCCCACCUUAAAAGUUCUGCCUGUAGGGAAGUUUCUCAAAAAGAAUUAUCUGAGAUGUGCUUACAAAAAUAUCAGACAAUUAAUUAGCCAUUGAAAGGAUCUAUGUAUAUAGAUCAUGUUAGCAUCUUAUUGCUUCCACAUGACAACUGGAAAAGUCUUGUUUACUGGAAUGUGUAUUUUUGUCAUAUCUAUUUUUAAUAAAAAGUGAAACAUCUGUUCCUUAGAAA